AUGAAAUUAUUUAUUUUAUUAAUUGUAAUUGUAUUUUUAAUUUCAAAUUCCUACUCUUUAUCGAGUAGUGAUAGUAGUAGUGAUAGUGGUUCAGAUGUUCAAUAUUAUUCACUUACAUCACAAUUCCAAGUUGUCCAAGGUAAACAAAUACCAGGUUCAAUUGCAUGGGGAUAUUUUAAAGAUGAAAUGAAUAAAGAUGGUUGGGGUAAAUUAUCAAUUGAAACAGUUUCAACAGUUUCAGAUAAUAUUGCAUUUAAAGCAGCAGGAUAUCUUGAAGGUUAUUUAACAUGGGAAUAUAUUUAUAAAUUCUCUGGAAAUUAUUUUAAUAGUUUUUUCAAUACCUCUAAUAUUAAGGAGAUACCAACCGAGACAUUAACAUUUGUAUCUGAUAAUUGGGAAUAUAUGAUGGAGAGAGUGAAUUCAUCAUCAACUACAGAUCCAUAUUGGAUUCAAAUUAGAAAUGCAAUGAGUCAACAAAUUGGUUUAUAUGAAGGUUACAAUGCAGCAGCAGGUGAAGAUUAUCAAAAAACUUUUAUUGAAAUAUAUAUGAUUAAUCUUUAUGGUGAUAUGGGUGAUAUUGUUACAUUAACAACCACACCAAACAAUGAAUUUAUACCAAUGGAUAGAAAAGAAGUUGAACAGUUAAUGGCAACAACUGGACAUUGUACAUCAAUUAUUAAAUUAACAAACAAUUGUAGUGAUUUAAUGUCAGCUCAUACAAGUUGGGCAGAUUUUAGUGUAAUGAUUAGAAUUUACAAGAGAAUCAAUAUACCAGUUGCAUCAACACCCUAUGGUAGUGAAACUUUAUUCUCAUCAUAUCCAGGUUUAUUGGUAUCAAUUGAUGAUUUCUAUCAAAUUAGACCAUCGAAAUUACAUUUAACUGAAACAUUAAAUACAAUUUUAAAUCAAACUUUAUAUCAACAAAUUAAUGCACAAUCAUUUAUGUAUUGGGUUAGAAACUUAGUGGCUAAUAGAUUGGCAAACAAUGGUUUCCAAUGGGUAUCAAUAUUUGUUGAGAAUAAUAGUGGUACAAAUAAUAUUCAAUUUGUAGUAUUGGAUUAUAAAUUGUUUACACCUUAUUCAACUGAAUUACAAUCGGAUUUACUUUGGAUCGUUGAACAAUAUCCAGGUGGUUAUCAAGCUGCCGAUGUAACACUCACACUUUGGGAGCAAGGUUAUUGGCCAAGUUAUAAUAGACCUUACUUUGAAGAGGUGUUUGAUAUCCUUGGUUACCCAUACUAUGUCGAGAAAUUUGGUGACCUCUUCACCUAUGAAUAUAAUCCACGUGCUAAUAUUUUCCGUAGAGAUCAUUCAAAACUUGAAACUUUACAAGAUAUGAUGAAUAUCAUCGAUUAUAAUCAAUAUAAAACUGACCCAUUUAGUAUGGGUUAUCCUGGUAAUUCAAUCAAUGCUAGAUUCGAUAUCAAAGGUGGUUCUUUACCAAGUGGUAAUCCAAUUUACUCUUGGUUUUAUCAUGGUACUCAUGGUGGUAUCGAUGGAAAAGCAAUUAAUUAUGAUAUGGUAAAUUCUUUUACUGCUGUUGCUCGUAAUGGUCCAACUGUAACUUCUGAUUGUCCACCAUUUAAUUGGAAUGAUUGGAGUUUAAUCUCUCAUCAAUAUAUGCCACAAAUUUAUAAUUUUACUUGGAUAUCAAUUAAUAUUUAA